AUGACGUUCUUGCAACGUGUUCUUCUUCUCACAUGGUUGCCUUCGUUAGCGGCCGCCGUGAUCACACAGGCGAAUCGUAGAGUCCUCGUCGAUGCCGGUGGUUCGCUGCAUUCGCAUUUUCAGCAUUGCGCCAAGUUGCCACCGCGAAUGAUGGUGCAUUCGCCUGUUGCAUUGCUGUCAUCGGCCGAUGAUGGUUUCGUGCGCUUUGUGGUUACGAAGACACGAAGUGACCACGGAAAAGUGCAGCUUGCAGAGUUGGUGUUGGAAGAUGCAGCUGGCCAGCCUAUUGACCUGUCCAGCACAGCCAAUGUCAUUCAGGCGAAAUUGGAAGGAGCCAACAUGCUUGAUACUCCGGGAAGUGUGGACUUGUGUAUCGAUGGCAAGCUGGAAACAAGCUGCCUUCUCGAAGUUGGUCAGAGCAUUGUCCUGCAGCUUCAGUCAGGCCAUCGAGUGGGGAGCUACGGUUUCAAGACCGCGCUUGAAAACAGCACGGAGGUUCGGGCCUGCGAUCCCAUUGCCUUCAAAAUGGAGAGGUCUCAAGACGGUUCUGUUUGGCGUGAGUCCAGUGUCAAGGCUGCGGUGGACGUGCCAAAUGCCGGUGGAUUCAUGGUGGGUCCCUUCCUUCUUUCGGGCUUUGCCGGUGGGCCCAUGGAGACUCAGGGCCAGAUACCACCGAUGUUUCCAAAGGAUCUUCCAACUACCACAGCUCGAGAGCUUCCAGCACAGACUCCGAUUUCAUCCACAACCACCGCGCCACCGCCGCCGCGGCCUGCAGCAGCCAUGGUGCCGGAAGCAUCUCCACCGACCCCCAUGGCAGUUGCGGAGCCGCAGCUGAUGUUGAGCACAAGCACCACUCCAAUUCCGGAUGUCCCAGCCGAUGCACCCAGCCGUGUUGCGACAGCUGUCAUCGAUGCAGCAGAGCGUGCUGGAAUGCCACUGCCACAGCGCAUGGCAGCUGCCACUGCAGCGGCGGCUGCUGCAAAGACCCUUGCGAAGCCGGUCAGCAAGGAGGCCAUUGCUGAAGCCGCGGCUGCUGCGGGCUUGGAUACCAGCCACCUGCAGGCUGUCAACGCCGCUUUAGCCAAGGCCGCUCCUGAACGCCUUCCUACUCUCCUUGCCCUGUGGAAUGCGGCUGCCGACGCCGCUCGCCAUGCCGCGGAGCGCGGCCCGGAAAAGGUGUCCCACGUUGUCGAGGCUGCUGCAGCGGCAGGCCUUUCGAUCGAACAGCAGGCUCAAGCAGCUGCUGCAGCUGCAGUGGCGGCUGUGGCAUCCAUGACGACCCCAGGCCCGGAGGCCAUCAUUACGGCAGUGGUGAAGGCAGCAGAAGAGGCUGGAAUGGCAUUGGACAAGCAAUCAGAGAUGGCUGCCGUCAUGCAGGUCCAGACUCCUGAGGAGCAAGAUGCUCUUCUUCACAUUCUUCACGCCGCAGAGAUCUUACCCAGGACCACGCCAGCCCCAGAGGAAGUGCCAGAGUUUGAUGGCAGCAGCCCUGCUGCAAAAACGGUGGCCGACACCAUCACUCAGGUCAUCCGGGAUAUUCCCGUGAGCCCGCAGCAGAAGCUCCAGGUGGUCUCCUCCGCCGCAAGGGCCGCGCAAGUAGCAGCAGAACACUCUUCCACGACGACCUCCUUUGAUGGCGUUCGGAUGGUGGUGGAGGCGGCCGAGGCUGCGGGCAUCAAGGAUGCCGAGAAGCUGCAGAAGGUGCAGGAGAAAGCAGAAGAGCUCAGCCCAGAAAAGCAGAAGGCCGCGGUGAGGACCUUGGAAGCCGCUUCCGAGGAGAUGCCGACGAGCACGACAGCACCACAUGCCGCCGCAAAGGUUGCAGCGGUGGUUAAAGCAGCUGCAGACUCCGGCAUGACCGAGGAGCAGCAGGCGGAAGUCGCUGCGGCGGCUGCCGCAGCCGUAUCGAAGGCUGCAGAGCCCACGCCCAAGGAAGGGCAGGUCUCCGAGUUGAUCAAGGCAGGACCAGGACAGCAAGGGCUGCAUUUGGACCGACACACCGGUGCAUCGCAGGCCGAGGCCGCGGCGGCGCGGCAAGAACUGGAGGAGCCGAGCCCACCCGAGGCGUUUGUGCGGCGGAGGCAGCGCACGAAGACUUGCCCCAGCCAUGCACUUCAGAACAUCGCAGAAGACAGGGAAGCCACCACAGAGUCCAUCCGGCUGGAGUCGCAGGAGAAGGUCCAGGCUCACCGGCCAUCCAACCCGACCUCUCCACGGACCUCCGAGAGUGGCAGUCUGCCUGAGGCCUAUGCUUCGGCAGUGCAAACACCAAGCACCACGGCCUCAUGGCCUGGCAUGCCGAACAUAAAGAGCUGGCGAUGCGGUUCGACAAUAGGACAGGGUUCCUACGGCACUGUGUGCAGAGCCCUGGACACGGAGAACGGCUUCAUCUUCUGCGUCAAGAAGUCCGUGGUGACUGAAGAUGACGAGGAGGGCCAGAGGUACAUUCAGAAACUUCGAGAAGAGCUGGCCGCCUGA